AGGCCCCGCCCCCAGGCUCUGCCCACACACCCCACACACACCGGCAGCGCCAGCCAAUGGCUGGGGUCCUAUAAACUCUACCGUCCGCGCGCUCGAGGCAAGAAGCUAGAGGUAGCCCCGGCUAGCGCGGAGAUCGUGGGCCGAGGGUCUUGGGAACGAGCUCGCCAGGGAGCAGGAGGCCAAACGACCGGAAUCACAGUCGGAGUCUCGGAACCGGAGCAGAAGCCUGAACCGGAGAGCGCCGCCCGUCCGCCCGUCACCGCCCGCGCACCCAGCGCUGCCAGAGCCUCCGGCGCAGCGCGGCCAUGGAGCCUAGCAGCAAGAAGCUGACCGGCCGCCUCAUGCUGGCCGUGGGAGGGGCAGUGCUCGGCUCCCUGCAGUUCGGCUACAACACUGGAGUCAUCAAUGCCCCCCAGAAGGUGAUUGAAGAGUUCUACAACCAGACUUGGAUCCACCGCUAUGGGGAGAGCAUCUUGCCUACCACGCUCACCACGCUGUGGUCCCUCUCCGUGGCCAUCUUCUCUGUAGGAGGCAUGAUUGGCUCCUUCUCUGUGGGCCUUUUUGUUAACCGCUUUGGCCGACGGAACUCAAUGCUGAUAAUAAACCUGCUGGCCGUCCUGUCCUCUAUGCUCAUGGGCUUCUCGAAACUGGCCAAGUCCUUUGAGAUGCUGAUCCUGGGCCGCUUCAUCAUCGGUGUGUACUGUGGCCUGACCACAGGCUUCGUCCCCAUGUAUGUCGGGGAGGUGUCCCCUACGGCCCUCCGUGGGGCCCUGGGCACCCUGCACCAGCUGGGCAUCGUUGUUGGCAUCCUCAUCGCCCAGGUGUUUGGCCUGGACUCCAUCAUGGGCAGCGAGGAGCUGUGGCCCCUGCUGCUGAGCGUCAUCUUCGUCCCGGCGCUGCUGCAGUGCGUCCUGCUGCCCUUCUGCCCUGAGAGCCCCCGCUUCCUGCUCAUCAACCGCAACGAGGAGAACCGGGCCAAGAGCGUGCUGAAGAAGCUGCGCGGGACGGCUGACGUGACCCGCGACCUGCAGGAGAUGAAGGAGGAGAGUCGGCAGAUGAUGCGGGAGAAGAAGGUCACCAUCCUGGAGCUGUUCCGCUCGCCCGCCUACCGCCAGCCCAUCCUCAUCGCCGUGGUCCUGCAGCUGUCCCAGCAGCUGUCGGGCAUCAACGCUGUUUUCUAUUACUCCACAAGUAUCUUCGAGAAGGCGGGGGUGCAGCAGCCUGUAUAUGCCACCAUUGGCUCCGGCAUCGUCAACACAGCCUUCACUGUCGUGUCGCUGUUUGUGGUGGAACGAGCCGGCCGGCGGACCCUGCACCUCAUAGGCCUGGCUGGCAUGGCAGGCUGUGCUGUGCUCAUGACCAUCGCGCUGGCACUGCUGGAACAGCUGCCCUGGAUGUCCUAUCUCAGCAUUGUGGCCAUCUUUGGCUUCGUGGCCUUCUUUGAAGUGGGCCCUGGCCCUAUCCCAUGGUUCAUUGUGGCUGAACUCUUCAGCCAGGGUCCUCGCCCAGCUGCUAUCGCUGUUGCUGGCUUCUCCAACUGGACCUCCAAUUUCAUUGUGGGCAUGUGCUUCCAGUAUGUAGAGCAACUGUGUGGUCCAUAUGUCUUCAUCAUCUUCACCGUACUCCUGGUUCUGUUCUUCAUCUUCACCUACUUCAAAGUUCCCGAGACGAAAGGCCGGACCUUCGAUGAGAUUGCUUCCGGCUUCCGGCAGGGAGGAGCCGGUCAAAGUGACAAGACACCCGAGGAGCUGUUUCACCCCCUGGGGGCCGAUUCCCAAGUGUGAGGUGCCCCACACCACCAGCCCGGCCUGCUCCCAGCAGCUCCAAGGAUCUCUCGGAGCACAGGCAGCUGGAUGAGACUUUCAAACUGAUGGAUUUCAGCAGAGCCGGGCCUGGGGCUCCUUUCUUCAGCCAACAGUGAUGUCCAGAAGAAUAUUAGGACUUUAAUGGCUCCAGGAUUUUAACAAAAACAAGACUGUUGCUCAGAUCUAUUCAGACAAGCAACAGGUUUUAUAAUUUUUUUUAUUACUGAUUUUGUUAUUAUUUUUUUAUCAGCCAGAGUCUCCUGUACCUACACCCAGACUUCACUCUGAAUGGCUCAGUACCUGAAGGUGGGGACCAAGUCCUGCCUAGACACUUGCCUUCUUUGCCACGCUAAUCUGUAGGGCUGGACUUAUGACCAAGGACAUACUAAUCAAACAACGAACUAUGAGGCUUCUACCCCAAGAGGUAGCUGUGGCCGCUCUCUUCUGAGGCCUGGAUCUCCCCACCCUAAUGGUUAGGCUCCACUAGGGUUCGCCCAUACCCAUCCCUUCCUGCCCAACCACUCAAAGUAAUCUUGCCUUGCCUGAGACCAGUUGGGAACACUGGAGUGCAGGGAGGAGAGGGGAAGGGCCAGACUGGGCUGCCAGCUUCUAGUCUCCUUUGCACUGAGGGCCAGACGAUCACCAUGAGAGGAGGGCCGUAGGAGACUGAGAACUCACUGCUCAAGAAGACAUGGACACUCCUGCCCUGCUGUGUAUAGAUGGAAGAUAUUUAUAUAUAUUUUUUGGUUGUCAAUAUUAAAUACAGACACUAAGUUAUAGUAUAUCUGGACAAACCAACUUGUAAAUACACCACCUUACUUCCUCUGUAACUUACCUAAACAGAUAUAAAUGGCUGGUUUUUAGAAA